UCGCCGCAAUCGCGCUGCGGCGCGGGAAUCUGGGAGCCGCCCCCGCGCUCGGGCCUCCGGGUGUCGCCUGGUCGCUGGCCUGGCGAAGUCCCUGGCGCGCGCCGCUCCCGGACCCUGCAGGAUUAAAAGCAUGUCACAUUUCAGCAUUUGUACCUGAAAUCAGCAUGCAAAUUUCAGGCCACAUGGAUGAGUGCCAACUUUUGCAUUUCCUGUGUGUAUCCCGUGAUCAUUCUAUCUGGGAACAUCCUUCAAAGAGUUCAUGCGUCUUACUGAGGACACCUGACCUUUUGAAGCUUCAUAAUUCACAUCUAGAUGUCACCAGUCUUUCCCAUGUUAACAGUUCUGACUAUGUUUUAUUAUCUCUGCCUCCGGCGCCGAGCCAGGACCGCUACAAGAGGAGAAAUGAUGAACAGCCAUAGAACUAUAGAAUCAAACAGCCGGACUUCUCCUCUCAAUGCAGAGGUAGUCCAGUAUGCCAAAGAAGUAGUGGAUUUCAGUUCCCAUUAUGGAAGUGAGAAUAGUAUGUCCUAUACCAUGUGGAAUUUGGCAGGCAUACCAAAUGUAUUCCCAAGUUCUGGUGACUUCACUCAGACAGCUGUGUUUCGAACGUAUGGAACAUGGUGGGACAGGUGUCCUAGUGCCACCUUGCCAUUCAAGAGAACACCGCCUAAUUUUCAGAGCCAAGAUUACGUGGAACUUACUUUUGAACAACAGGUGUAUCCUACAGCUGUUCAUGUUCUGGAAACCUAUCAUCCUGGAGCAGUCAUUAGAAUUCUAGCUUGUUCUGCAAACCCCUACUCCCCAAGUCCACCAGCUGAAGUAAGAUGGGAGAUUCUUUGGUCAGAGGGACCUACGAAGGUGAAUGCUUCCCAGGCUCGCCAGUUUAAACCUUGUAUUAAGCAGAUAAAUUUUCCCACAAAUCUUAUACGGCUGGAAGUAAAUAGUUCUCUUCUGGAUUAUUACACUGAAUUAGAUGCAGUUGUACUACAUGGUAUGAAGGAAAAGUCAGUGCUUUCUCUCAAGACUUCACUUGUUGACAUGAAUGACUUAGAAGAUGACUAUGAAGAAAAGGAUGCUUGUGGGAUGGACAAUCUUAACAAAAAGUUGAGUAGUGCUGCCCUCAGAGAAGGGCCAAGUAAUGGAUAUUUUGAUAAACUACCUUAUGAGCUCAUUCAGUUGAUUCUGAAUCAUCUUACAUUACCAGAUCUGUGUAGAUUAGCACAGACUUGCAAACUGCUGAACCAGCACUGCUGUGAUCCUCUACAAUACCUCCACCUCAACCUGCAACCAUACUGGGCAAAGCUAAAUGACACCUCUCUAGAAUUUCUACAGACUCGCUGUACUCUUGUCCAGUGGCUUAAUUUAUCUUGGACUGGCAAUAGAGGCUUCAUCUCUGUUACAGGAUUUAGCAGGUUUCUGAAGGUUUGUGGGUCUGAAUUAGUGCGCCUUGAGUUAUCUUGCAGCCACUUCCUUAAUGAAACUUGUUUGGAGAUUAUUUCUGAGGUGUGUCCACAUCUACAGGACUUAAACCUCUCAUCCUGUGAUAAACUACCGCCUCAAGCUUUCAGCCACAUUGCCAAAUUAUGCUGCCUUAAGAGACUUAUUCUCUAUCGAACAAAAGUAGAGCAAACAGCACUGCUCAGCAUUUUGAACUUCUGUUCAGAGCUUCAACACCUCAGUUUGGGUAGUUGUAUAAUGAUUGAAGAUUAUGAUGUGAUAGCUAGCAUGAUAGGAGCCAAGUGUAAAAAGCUGCGUACUCUGGAUCUGUGGCGAUGCAAGAAUAUUACUGAGAAUGGAAUAGCAGAACUGGCGUCUGGAUGUCCCCUGCUGGAGGAGCUCGACCUCGGCUGGUGUCCUACCCUGCAGAGCAGCACCGGCUGCUUCGCCAAGCUGGCACGCCAGCUCCCAAACUUGCGAAAACUCUUUCUCACAGCGAACAGGUCUGUGUGUGAUACAGACAUUGAAGAAUUGGCAUGUAAUUGUACCAGAUUACAGCAACUGGACAUCUUAGGAACAAGAAUGUGAUGCUUAUGCUGCUGGUCUCCUGAGCUUUCCUUGAGUAUGGGAUGUCUUCCUGAGUCCUGUAAGUCCUAUAUGCAGUUGGAAGAAUUGUUCCUAUUUGGGGUUGAAUUUGUUUCAAAACAUUGUAAAAGUUGAAACAAAGCUAAGUUUUAAAGCUAUUCAGCAUUCUGCACUAUAGUGGUUGAGGAAAUUUUUUGUUUAGAAAAAUUUCAGUAUCAGGUCUGAGUUCAAAAAUUUACAAUAAAACAAUCCCUGCUAAGCCAGAAAACUGCUUUGAGUUAGGGCAAAUCAAAAUAUUCAGUUUUUCUUUUAAAAGAUAUGGAUCUGAUAAUUGUUAAAUUGAGUUCAUUAUUGACUUUACUAGUGCAGUAACACAAAAUUGGAUCAAAUAUAUUCUACAGAGUAUUUACUGAUGAGUAAUGCAGUAAAUAACCACAGAUUUUAAACACUACAUUUUUCACAAGCUUUGUAAAUUUGACCAGGUGAGCAUUUGUUGUUGUUCUACAUGCUUUUACCAACACCAUUUGUAACACAUCUUAGCAGUUUCUUCUGAAUUCAUGUUUUCUUAACUUCUUAGAAAAUGCUUUUGCCUGUAAUUGUUCCACACAGACUAUUCAUAGACAGUAACUCUUCAGUCACUUCAACCUUGUCAUUGACGCAUCAAAUAAACAACAAUAACUAGGCAGUAUCAGUAACAUCUGUUGACUCAUCGAGAGCCAAGGAAACCACUCAGAAUCAUGUGCCUGGUUUUUUUGUUUGUUUGUUUGUUUUUUAUUGACUAUUGAUGUUGUUCCCAGUGUUCUCAAUUCUUUGAACAACUGUUCUUGCCAAAUGUCUAAUUUGAUAGUUUUAAGCAAGUUUACAUUGGACACAUUUCUUUAGUGUUGAACCAAAAACAACUUAAUUAACUCACCAUUGGUAAAAAGCUUUGCUUGCUUGGCUAACAAGUGAACCACUCAGAAAAUUUGGCUGUAGCUUUAUUUUUAUUUUUUGUUUUUAUAAAUAAAACCUUGUUUUAAAUUUUCUGAUUUUUUUUCCUUGCCACUGCAUUCCUAUGAAAUGUGAUAUUUUACCAUAAGUAUUAUGAUGAGUGUUUAGUCUGGCCAUUCCAAUGUAGAUAGUGUUCUUUAUGCAUAACUAGUGUCCUUGCACGUUAAACACAAAGCUUUGCCAUCUAAUUCAAUGACAAUCCCUACUCUACUGUGCCUUAAACUCAUGACACUUGAUGUCUGCUUUUCUCCUUUUUCUGUUCUGAUAUUAAGAGUAUACACUGGUAAUAAAAACUUUUCAAGAAUUGUGGUAUGACAACGCGUGCAUUCAAAAUGUAUCACCACUGCAAACAGCAGUGCAAAAUGAAAACAUUACUGUUGCACCUAUUCAUCACUACCAUUAUAGUGUGGAAGCAGCCAUAUGCAAUGUAUAAGUAAUGAGUACAACUAUGUUCCAAUAAAAUUAUCUGUGGAUGCUAAAUGUUGAAUUUCAUAUAAGUUUUACAUGUCAUGAAAUUUUUUUGAUGGUUCAUUUUAGCCAGUAGAAAAUGUAAAAGCUACUUUUAAGGGGCAGGAUGGAUUUGCCUUGUGGACUGAAGUUGUGACUUUUAUUUUAGAUAUCAAUGAACCCAGGCUUGUGCAUUCUUAAUUUUAUGAACUUUAUGCAAAUUUGUUCUCAGCCUUUACCUUUCUAGUUUUACCAUUUGGAUAUUAAAAUGAAGAAAAAUAUUUUAUUGACUUAGAGAAAAGUUUUUCUAAUGACAAGAGGAUUUUGGAAUGCCUUAUUUCCCUUAAGGUAUAAUUGAUAAAUAAGAAUUGUCUAUUUUUAAAGUGUACAGUUCAGUGAUUUGAUAUGCACAUGUAUUGUGAAAUAAUCACAUUCAAGCUAAUUAACAUCUCUUCAGAUAGAUAGUAUUUUUUUGUAUAGUGACUCAAGAUCUACAUUCAUAACAUUUCAAGUAUACAAUAUAAAGAAUUGUUAGCUAUAAUCAAUCAUUGUAUGUUAAUUCUCCAGACCUUACAUUUCUUGCAUAACUGAAACUUUGAACCAACAUCUUCCCAUUUUCCUGCCCCCUGGUGACUACCAUACUACCCCCUGCUUCUACGAAUUUGACUAUUUCAGAUUCACAUAUAGAAGAGAUCUUGCAGUGUUUGUUUUGUGUGGAAUAGAUUUCACGUAGUAUGGUGU